UAUUUCUACUUCAACAUUUCCAAAAAGUAUUUAUCACACAAGGUCAAAGCCAUAUUGUUGAACAAAGGUACUAUCCUCUUUACAAACUAGUUGCUCUUGAUGCUAUUGUUAAUGUUAAAUACUUACCAACUGGAUUUAAUACAACACAUCUGCCUUCACCAAAUAAUUGUGACUUAUGCAAUAAACCACUUAUUGCAAAUAAUCAUAU